UCGCGUUCGUCCGCACGCCAGUGUUCAGCUGCGAUCAGACUCCAGUGGAUCCGAGUGCAAGCAUUCAACACAGAGACACACGGUUCGGAUAACACACCAGAUUCACCAAAACAACGUUUAUGGUUGUAACUGAAGAUUUCACAAUGUCUCGUACCGACGAGGUCCAACGCAUUACGGAAAAUGUCUAUAAGAACAUCAUGGAACAGUUCAACCCCUGUUUGAGGAAUUUCAUCGCAAUGGGGAAGAACUAUGAGAAGGCUCUCUCCAGUGUGACGUUCGCAGCGAAAGGCUAUUUUGAUGCGCUGGUGAGAAUGGGCGAGCUGGCCAGUGAAAGUCAGGGAUCUAAAGAUUUGGGCGACGUGCUUUUCCAGAUGGCAGAGGUCCACCGGCAAAUUCAAGUGCAGUUAGAGGAAAUGCUGAAAUGCUUUCACAAUGAGUUGCUGUCAGAGCUGGAGAAGAAGGUGGAUCUGGAUGCCAGAUACCUGACUGCGGCUCUUAAGAAGUACCAGAUGGAGCACAAAAGCAAAGGAGAGAGCCUGGAGAAAUGCCAGGGCGAGCUGAAGAAAUUGCGGAGGAAGAGCCAGGGCAGCAAAAACCCCUCCAAGUACGGAGAGAAGGAGAUGCAGUAUGUUGAGACCAUUAGCUGUAAACAAAGCGAGUUGGAAACCUUCAUCGCAGAGGGCUACAAGACGGCGCUCUCGGAAGAACGCAGGAGAUACUGUUUCCUGGUGGACCGUCAGUGUGCUGUGGCCAAAAACAGCAGCGCUUACCAUGGCAAGGGUAAGGACUUGCUAACCCAGAAGAUCCCAGUGUGGCAGCAGGCCUGCUCAGAUCCUAACAAGCUGCCUGAAAGAGCCAUGCUGCUCGCCCAGCAGAUGACCUCUGGUUCGAGCACUCUCAUCUCCAGCCCUCUGCACUCCUCCAAGGGCAACCUGGUCAUCUCAGACCCCAUCCCUGGAGCACAACCACUGCCUGUGCCUCCAGAACUAGCUGCCUUCAUGGGAAGUGGCUUGGGCCACCAGGGGCGUCUAAUGGGUCCUGAUGGCAUGUCUCUGGUGAACGGGACGACGGGGGUCCACGGGGAGGAGUACUGGACAGACGGUGGAGUCUCUCAGGGAAGACCGCCUUCCCCUCAGAGUCAGUCUCAAACUCAAAGCCAGCCACAGAGACAGGUCAGCGACGUCUACUCCAACACCCUACCUGUCCGCAGACCCCAGCCGGCUAAGAACAAGACCUCUGUGGGAGAGACACGGACUCUGCCCCGGUCAAGUUCAAUGGCAGCAGGUCUGGAGAAGAACGGGCGCGCUCGUGUCCAAGCCAUUUUCUCCCACGCAGCUGGAGACAACACCACCCUGCUCAGCUUCACUGAGGGAGACAUCAUAACCCUGCUCGUGCCGGAGGCUAGAGACGGCUGGCACUAUGGAGAAAACGAGAAGAACAAGAUGCGUGGCUGGUUUCCUUUCUCCUACACGCGAGUGCUGCCUGACAGCGACAGUGAGAAGUUAAAAGUCAAUCUUCAUCAUGGGAAAAGCAGCAGCACAGGGAACCUGCUGGAGAAAGAGGACAUGUCUUUGCCCAUGCCUGACUAUGGUUUGACUGCUCGACUUUUGGCACAGAGCCUAACACAGACUCGGCCACGCCCCUACAGCAUGGCUGGCUUUGCACAGCCAGCGCUAGAGGACUAUGACAAUCACUUUGCCGCAAGUUCCGAUGGCAAAUUGAUUUCGACAGUGUGAACACAGACUAUCACAGACACAGAUACAGCUCCGGAUAGCACAGGGGCCACGCCCCUACUUCCCUUAGCCCCUCCCCCUCUUAAGCUCUGCCUCCACACACUCCUCCUCCAAUGGAAGGGGCCAGUCUCAUCCCUCCUUUCUGUCCUCUCUUCCUCCCUGCGUCUUGCCGGGGCAAUAGUGGCGGCGGUCGCGUGUGGUGGGUCGGGGGGGAGCUCUGAGAAGACCGACCGGAACGCAGUCCAACUGCUCGCCUCGCCGCUUUACGGACUGUGAUUCGCCUGUAGUGACGCCGCUAUGACAUCGCUCUGGACUCCAAAGAGACUGCUUACCACUUCCUGUCUUUCAUGCAUGAGCACAAGUUUUGCUAUGUGGUUGUUUUUUUUUUAAAAAUGACACCCUCAUGUAAAAGUGCCAAACGAAAAGCUCAUUUGGUAUUUUGGAGCAGCUCUCCUUGUUACGAAGCUCUUGCUGAGUGUUUUCUUUUCUAAGCAGAUGUUAUGGGAGCCUCAUACGAAAUGAGGAGUGUUUUUUAUCAUUUGUGGUUUAGUUGUACAGAGUGUAUUCUCUCUCUGUGGGUUUUUUGCGUUUGUGAUUCCCUCAUGUAUUACCUGGUGCUCCUCUGAUCCAGAGGCUGUGUCACUUUGUGCCAAAACUAUCAGCAGAUUCGACUUUCCUCCACAAAAUUGGAAAAAUCUGAAGGAAAUCUCAAUUCUCCCAAGUGCCAAACAAAAGUGGACUUACAGAACUGGAGUGAAGGUUGCAUGAGCUUUAUAAUACAGUAUACGGGUGGGACCGUGCUGUUCUCCAAGACCAGCAUGUGUCCGUUCACCUUACAUGCAUGAAAGAAAAGUGCUCUGAGCAUAAGCCUAAAAAUCCCCAUUCACCUGUUACAGACACCUUGAAGAACAGAGUCAGAAUUGCAUUAAAAUGAAUAGAUUCACAAAAUAUUGAUUUGCAAAUGCAAAACCGAAUGUCACUAGUUCGCCUGCGCAUUCAGUCUUAAUGGUUAAUGGCAAAUGAACUUGGCUUGCUGAGCUUUUAACCUGAGCUAUGAACCUUUAGAAAGAGUGAAACUGAGGCCGGGGCUCGAGCCUUAAGUUUGACCCCUCUCCCCUCCAACAGAACUGCACAGAGGAAGAAAGAGAGCAGUGAAGGAGGAGAUGGGGAGGAGGAGGGAUGCCGGAAUAAUUGCAGCUGGACGCAGAGUCCUGGUGGCUGCCUUAGGGGUCGUUCACAUGUCACGCCUAAAAAUGCGUGGAAAAAGCUAGGUGUGUAGGUUCUUGUCACAUGCGGUGCGGUGCACUUUCGGCAUUCUGAAAAGUUGAAAUGUUUUUAACACUGUGCGGACACGCCUGAAACCCGAGUGUGUCACCGCGUCGCUUCCAUUAUGAGUGUGCAUACCGCUCACCCACAUUUGAAAUAACGAACUUCAUCGCGCAAAAGACCCGAUAUGUGAAUCACCCCAUAUAUAUGCUCUCAAUGAUGAUUGACAGGCCUGAAUGUUUAGGCUCCUCCCAAACUUACAUUAAAAACUACAUUUACAUUAGCAACAUUACUUAACGCUUUAUGAUUUACAAAAUAAAUUAUAUAUUGUACGAAAAUACAAUUACCAACAGUGUAAAUGUGCUAAAUAAAAUUUAAAUGUUCAAACAAUAUAAUUUCGUAAACUACUACACAUUACAAAAAAUAAAAUGUAUACCUCAGGAAAAUAAGAAAACUAAUUCACAUGCCCUGAAAAACAAAACUGAAAAAAACAUUUGUUAUGCGUAACAUUUAUAAAUAAACCCUUUUAAAGUACUUAAAACAUAUUUAUGACAUAAUUAAUGUGGAUCUGACAUCUCACGUUACUGUUUCAAUAAGUGUGUUGAACUAGUGUGGUGUUGUGUGCGACACAACAUAAUAUCAUGUUAAAAAGUGAAUAAUGAUUGGUCAUGUUACGUUCUGUUAGACUUUGGCUUUACAUUGAGUGACACUGAGUGUCUUUUUAAUAUAAACAUCAAAUUUAAGUAAUAGAUAAAUUUACUGACCGUUUGAAAAGAUUUUUUGGCUGAUGCUGAUAAAAAAAAAUCUAAAUAUCGGCAUCUGCAAUAUACGUAUCGUCACAUUGCUACUAUGGAUGCAAAAUGUCUGUGCCUAUACCGAUAUUCGAUUUACUUCUAUCAGUAUCGGCAGAUGUUACUCCUGUGUAUGAUUUGCCUUUUGUUUUGUUUCAAAUUAUUAUGUUUAUGAAAUCCUAGAAGUGCAGGGCGUACAAAGUGCAGUUCUGUUGUCAUUGUUAACCAAUUCAAAAUAAUUACCCAGUACGAGUUCUGAAUUUUUCCGCUUUUUUAAUUGUCUAAAAAUAUAUCUUCUCUGAUCAUUUGCUAUUUUUAACUCUUUCCCCACCAGCUUUUUUCAUGAUUUUUAAUCCUCCCAGAAAAUGCUUUUCUUUAAAUAUAUAAACAUACAAUAUAUUAAAUGAAAGAACAGACCCUCUGCUUUAAAAAAAAAAGUUUCAUCCUACCUUCAUCACUUUUUUUUAUCACCUCUCAAAUAUGGGUAGGAUUCUUCAGAAACACCUUUUUUUUUUUUUUUUUUUGCAAAAAGCCGCGAUAAUUCAAUUUUUAUAAAGGACUUUUGAUAGAGAUCAGAUGCAGAGCGAUACUCAAAACUUACAGCUGUUUGCCCAAGGACGAUACUGCCGGGUUUAAUAAGUAGCGGAAGGGUAAUAGGGAAAAUUUAUAAGCCGAUAUAUAGGUGCAUCCCUAAUGAAUACAUUUUGCACUUUUUCCAUAAUAUGUCAUCUUUAACCAUUCCAGUAAACCGCUUUCAAUUUAGCCAAUCAGAGAAUCACAUCUUACACUGUGUCCUAACUAGGGAUGCACCGAUAGGAAUUUUUUGGGACGGUACUGAUUUAAACAGACAACUUCUGGCCGAUGCCGAUACCGAUAUUAAACACUUGUAUACAAUACUAUACAGUUGGUCUAUUAGCUAGUUUAUUUCUGCAUCAAAUUAUUUUUACUGAACAUGGAUUGGAUCUAAUUAACAUUCAACUGACCAACAUAAUAAGAGAGGCACAAAUUAAGCUAAAACAAAUAUAAUAAGACAACAUGACAACCUUCAAAGGUGGUUUUUGCUAUUCAGCAUUUAUUUUAUUAACAACAUUAACUCAUUUUUUACAUAUAAUGGAUUUCUUUAUGCAGUUAAUUAAUAAACAAUCAGUAUUGGCCUUUCUCGUGCUAUUGCCGAUAUGCCGAUGGUUUCAAAUUCAUCAAAAAUCGGCCGAUAAAUAUCGGCAGCCGAUACAUCAGUGCAUCACUAGUCCUAACCAGAUGCAAUUAGGAUUCCAGUAAUAAUCAAUUUGUGUAUCCAUACUAAACGUGAUAAAGGGGUUUGGCACAAUGCAGUAAUCACCAAAGGAAACAGCCAAUCAGAAGAGAGCACACACAUCCACAGAUGCAUCCCUCUGCUUUUUAUGGCUUUCCUUGUGCAUUUUAAGGGGUUUGAUAUAUAUUUCUGCCAGUGGUUCUCAAACCUUUUUGGCAUGCCCCCCUUGCGUACAGUGCAUCCAUUCGCACCCCCCCCAAUGAAAAUGUAUGACAUAAAACUUAAAAUUUUAAUUAAACAAAACAUAUUAAAUGAUAUCAUGUAGUACUGUUGGUUAGUAGCAUUAUACAGAUUUCUGAGGUUUAAUUAUACAGAAUUUACACAAUCAAGGCACCACCUCCUUCCAAUUUGAGAACCACUGGUCUAAUCAGUCUCUUUUCAUCCAUGUUUGAUGAAUAAUAUUCAUCUUGCGCAGAACUUUUGAUUUGAAUGAGAUCUCUGUGUAGGCGGAGCUGUAAGUCGCACCAUUGCAGAAAUAGAAACCGUUUUCGUUGGAUAAAAUCUCGGAAAAGUUGCCUUUAA